UGAGGCGAGCCGGCGCUUCCCCGCGCGGGGGCGGCAGCACGUGCCGGGGGCGAGCGCGGAGACCACAGCUAUGGCGUCGUUACUUUGGGGAGGCGACGCUGGGGCGGCAGAGAACGAGCGGCUGAACAGCCACUUUUCAAAUCUCGUCCACCCCAGGAAGAACCUCCGUGGUAUUAGGAGUACCACAGUCCCAAACAUAGAUGGCUCUCUUAACGCUGAAGAGGAAGAUGAAGAAGACGAUGUAGUGGAUCUGGCAGCCAAUUCACUCUUAAAUAAAUUAAUCCGUCAGUCCUUAGUAGAAUCCAGCCAUCGAGUGGAAGUCUUACAAAAGGAUCCCAGCUCUCCACUCUACUCGGUGAAAACCUUUGAAGAACUACGGCUAAAGGAAGAGUUACUUAAAGGGAUUUAUGCAAUGGGAUUUAACAGACCAUCCAAAAUCCAAGAAAUGGCCCUCCCGAUGAUGCUCGCACAUCCUCCCCAGAACCUCAUAGCACAGAGCCAGUCUGGAACGGGAAAAACAGCUGCCUUUGUCUUAGCAAUGCUCAGCAGAGUGAAUGCCUUGGAAUUGUUCCCACAGUGCCUCUGCCUGGCUCCCACCUAUGAACUGGCUCUACAGACUGGCCGUGUGGUUGAAAGGAUGGGGAAAUUCUGUGUGGAUGUUGAAGUGAUGUAUGCCAUUCGAGGAAAUCGAAUUCCUAGGGGCACCGAAGUCACCAAACAGAUUAUAAUCGGUACUCCCGGGACUGUCCUAGAUUGGUGUUUCAAGCGAAAAUUGAUUGAUUUGACUAAGAUCCGUGUAUUUGUCCUGGAUGAAGCAGAUGUGAUGAUUGACACCCAAGGAUUCUCAGAUCAGAGUAUUCGUAUCCAAAGAGCCUUACCCUCCGAAUGCCAGAUGCUCCUCUUCUCCGCGACCUUCGAGGACUCUGUGUGGCAGUUUGCAGAACGGAUCAUUCCUGACCCCAAUGUUAUCAAGUUACGAAAAGAGGAACUGACCCUAAACAACAUCCGACAGUAUUAUGUGUUGUGUGAAAACAGAAAAGACAAAUAUCAAGCCCUGUGUAACAUCUAUGGUGGCAUCACCAUUGGCCAAGCCAUCAUCUUCUGCCAGACCCGUCGCAAUGCCAAGUGGCUGACUGUGGAAAUGAUGCAGGACGGCCACCAGGUGUCCUUGCUGAGUGGGGAACUCACGGUGGAGCAGCGAGCCUCCAUCAUCCAGAGGUUCCGAGAUGGGAAAGAGAAAGUUCUGAUAACAACCAAUGUCUGUGCUCGAGGAAUUGAUGUGAAGCAGGUCACCAUCGUUGUGAACUUUGACCUUCCUGUAAACCAAUCAGAAGAACCAGACUAUGAGACCUACCUCCACCGUAUAGGGCGGACAGGACGCUUUGGGAAGAAAGGUCUCGCCUUCAACAUGAUUGAAGUGGAUAAGCUGCCGCUGCUCAUGAAAAUACAGGACCACUUCAAUAGCAAUAUUAAGCAGCUCGACCCAGAAGACUUGGACGAGAUUGAAAAGAUCGAAUACUGAAGAGAGGCCUUUGUUGUUUGUGGGCUCUCCUAGUUUGUGCGAGAAUGCUCAGCAGGUUUUGAAGAUAAUUUUCUAUGUUGAGGCUCUGUCAAGGUGAAACUGUCACAGAUGAAAACUGUCACAGAUGAAAAAAAUAAAUGUCAUGAUACUCUUCA